ACACUGCAUUUUCAGUUUGACAUCCCUUCGAGCUAGUGAACUGUACUGUUCCUAUCCGACAUGGUCAACGAUGUAACGACAGCAGCCGUAAAAUCUCGCAAAAGCAGACUUUCGUUGAGAUUGAACGAUGGAUAUGCAUCCGUCAACCGAUAUAGGCCUACUUCCAUUUCCUACCUGAAGAGCUGCGAAAAAGUGUGUGGGUCAGCUUCGUUGCCGCAGAGUCCUUCAUCGUGUGAAUCAUCCCAAAGCAAUAAACAAUUCAAAAGAAACAUAUGCAGAUCAGAAGAGGAACUCUAUUCUUAUCAACUUGACGUUGGCCAAGAUUGCAAAACAAGAAAAGCUUUCUUAUCCGAUACGUUCCAGCAACUGAAAAAAAUGAGCGAGUGGACGAAAUCACCAACGGCUUCAUCAACAACAGUUCAUUGGAACAAUGGGAGAGAAGCUCCUUUGUCAGCCGCUCAACAUCGUCGGUUGUUGAUGAUGUCCGGUACCCGAAACAAUCUGUCGCUUGAUAGUCAGAAAGACUCACCUGAAUUUCAGGCCGCUUUCACUCGGUUCAUCUAUCCUAAUCACGUCAACAAAAAACCGACAUCCGUGUUUCAUCAAAGUGAUCCUGGCGGUCUUGAUAAAAAAAAUGUAAAGCACAUUGUUGCCGAUUACCAACACCGUUUACGAAUUCUGCAUAGUAAUUACAUUUACAAAAAACAUAAUCGAACGAGCACUACGAGUCCGAACGGCAUUUGUGAGGCGAACGUGACCGAAUCUCCGCUUUUUUCUGAGGCGAAUAUUCCGUCGCUUUCGCCGGAAGAAUCAUGGAAAACCUUGGGGGAAUCAACUCGGGUCGUCGUACGUCGUUCAGCCAAUCUGAACCUGCAUCGCCAGACACGCUUCCACUCGUCCAGCUCUCGUCUUGAAUCGCGGAGCGGCAGUACCAUGGAAGAUCCACUAGUGUAUGGACGCAGUCACGUAACGCCCACCCCGAAAGUGGAUCCGGGCGCCACUUCGCGAGACAAUCCAAAGACCAUUUCGCACGAACUACUAGAACUGUUGGAGAAGCUGCAGACCAGUCGGCUGGACGAUCAGCGCUGUGUGUUGCCCGCCUAUUUCACGACGCAGAGCACUACGAGAGAUUUGGAAUUAGCUCCAAAGCCUUCCGGUAGUGGUGGCAGCGUUGGCAGCGGAAGCCGAGGGAGCAACACCGACCUUGGAGCCUUCAGCAAUGGAUCGACCGGAGGUGCGGAUUCUCCUACACAGUCUGGUGGGGCGGCGGCCGCUUCUUCGGCUCCACCUGCCCAUCCAUCGCGUGACAUUCUGGAAGAAGUCCUUUCCAAAUCAGGACCUUAUCCCAUGGUGGUGCUGCCGAGAUCGGGUGGGUACUGGUGCGACGACGGCAGCGACACUGCUGCAGCCCCGGCCGACCCUUCGCAGACGGCCUCGUGCAAGUUGGAGCUGGACGAGACGGCCCGUUGUUAUCGCCGCUUCUUCGUCGGAAAAGAGCACCAGAACUUUGUGGCUCAGGACGAAGCGCUGGGACCGGUCCUUUUGUCGGUCAAACAUGAAAUGUUGGCCGGACAGGAUUACGUCCGGCUCAUCCUUCGCUUACAAACCGGAACGCUACACGAGGUCGUUCCAGCCACUUGCCUCAGCGACCAAGCAUCGCCUCACCGCAUGGCCAAACUGCUGUGCGAGGAGUUGAAUACCGAGAAAUUCGUACCUGUUUCGUGGCCCAAGUCGUCGCCGCUGAUCGCCGCCUACGACGAGCACGUCUUAGUCAACCACUUCAAAUUCGGCUUGCUGCACCAGCGGUUCGGCCAGACGACCGAGGAGGACAUUUUCGCCAACAACGGCACAUCCCCCGCUCUCGACGAGUUCCUCGACGUCCUGGGCAAGAGGAUCCACCUGCUCGAUCACAAAGGGUACCGUGGGGGUCUGGACACGCAGUUUGGCCAGACGGGCGUCGACUCGCUGUACGAGACAUUUCGCGACCGGGAGAUCAUGUUCCAUGUGGCGCCUCUCCUUCCUUAUACGGAGAACGAUCCCCAGCAGCUGCAAAGGAAGCGGCAUAUUGGAAACGACAUAGUCGCCGUGGUGUUCCAAGAAGACAACACGCCCUUUGCACCGGACAUGAUCGCCUCGCACUUUCUGCACGCCUUCAUUGUAGUGCAGCCCAUCGACCCGUGCACACCCAAUGUUCGUUACCGCAUCACGGUCACGGCUCGCGACGGCGUCAACUUUUUCGGGCCGACGUUGCCCGACCCGCCCGUCAUGCGCAAAGGCCCAGAGCUGCGCGAAUUCCUCCUCACCAAGCUGCUGAACGCCGAAAACGCUUGCUACAAGGCCCAAAAGUUUGCCCGGCUCGAACUGAGGACUCGGACGGCCUUGCUGUCCAAUCUGGUCGAUGAUCUUCACAAGAAAACCUGCGAUUUCCUACACCUGUCGUCGCCACUGCUAAGCGGAUCAUCUCAGGCUGAAGCCCCCGCCAAAACGGAGGCCAGCCAGCACACGGCGCCCGUCGGCGGAGGCGCUCGUUUUAUCGACACGGUUCGUAAGGCCCUGUCGUCGGCCAGGCGAACUCAGCAAGAACAAGGUGCUGUCGCACAGGCCUCUGGCGCGUCCAACAAGAAAGGUUCGAUGAACUGGUCCAACGCUUCGUCAGACUCCACUCCGGCCAGCACGUUGCGUUUGAGCAGCAAAGGCAGCAACAUGAGCGGCCCGUCCAAAGCGUUGAUGGCUGCCGACAAAUCGUCAUCUCUGUCCUCACAGUUGGCCGUCCAACAGGUUGGCAUGGCCUCGCCGUCUACUAGCCCAUCGCUGGACACUCCGCCUUCGCGAAUCGCUCGUAUGACCGUCCCUGAUAGCGACGACUCGUCAUUGAACAGCAUCGAGAUGGAGAACAUUCACCAAGCGGCAACGGGGUCGCGGAUGACUGGAACCAAUCCAAUCCACCACCAACAACCUCCGCGUCCGCCCACCGAGGACUCGGACACGGGAAUGGAGAGCCUGUCAUCAGCUGAAACUCCGGCCACGGCCAAGAGAUUGAGCGGCAAGUCGUGUUCCUGCUAUGGUAACAACAGCGAGUCGGAGCCAGGUCAUCACCAACCGGAAGAGGAGCAACAACAUAUCCGGCAAAAUGAAACGCUUCAACAGGAGGUCAACAAGCUAAAGUUCGACAAGCUAGAACUACUCAGACAGAACGUGAGUUGCCAGCGCGAUAUCAAGCGAUUAAAGGAGCGUGAAUUCCAGUUGCACUCGGAGCUGAUCACGGCCAGCCAGGAGCUCCAGCGCUUACGCUUGAUCCUUCGGGAUCACCAGGCUACAUCGUCCAUGUCUGCUUACGAGGGUUCUCCUGUUUAAAUAGGGGCACGAGGGUCCUCCAUACAACGUAUCAUCAUAUCUCAACAAAAUUUAAAAAUAUAUAUCUACUACGCAUCAUUGAUUCAACGACAACUACACACCUUCCGAUACGUGAUGGAUCACACAUUUUUUCCCCAUUCGUUAUUUUCAGUUUUUCCUUUUUUUUCUUUCUUCCUUUUGUUUGCCCUCUCGUCCAUCUCUGUCCCACUUGCCUCUCCCGUAUAACCAAAACUGUUAUCUCUCUUGAGCGUUCCUGGACGGGGGAUCGUAUGACGCGAAAUUCUCGGAUUGAUUGUAUCAGAGGAAGGAGUAACAAUCCUAUCUUAUUCCUGUGUUUCAUUCACUGUUGAUUGUGGCUUAUCGUAUUCAUUGUUAUAUAUAUAUACAUAUAUAUAUAUUUACCUACCAAAGAGACCGUUGCUUCAUAUUUUUGAGUAUGACGCACGUUCGGAUCAUCUAGAAAAUGUUUGUUGGUUUUUGUUUGUGUCAGUCCCAGUGAAGAAGAAGAGCGACAGAAACUGGGAGAUAGACGGCGAAGGAAAGAACCGCUGGGGAAUGCAAUGUUAUAAAGAAAAAAAAACAAUUGAUGUAUUUGGUCAACCUUUUUGCGUUUGUGCAUGGCCACGGUGCACAGUUUCUUCUAAGUCAAAUGCGAUUUACUACGAUGUUCAAAUACUUCGUUUACAUUGUGAAUCCCAUCUCUGUGUCUUACACUAAAUAGAAAACAACCGCUGAAGUCAUUCCCGAGAGAACGUGUUUGAUUCACAAGAAUCUUUGAAAAUUCCUUCGUUUUUUUUUUGUUUCUACCGCUCGUUCUCACGAAAAUUAGCAAUUAUCACUGGUUCUCCCCCCUCCCCCCAAUGUAAACACACAAACACGUACAAAACACGACAAACUCACACAGUUUUUCCCUAAGCGGACAAUCAGCUUCCCUCCUUGUAUUGAUCAGUUAUUUUUCAUUGCGCCUCAUUUUUAUUUUGUUUGUUUUUGGUAAAGAGUUCUCAGUUGAUUUAAUCCUGUUUAUAUUUCAUGCCCCCCUAUUCCCCACCUCCUCGCUACGCUACGCGUUAUUGGAAACUGCUGUUUGAUAGACACCUUGUAUGUACAACAUGAAUGUUGAUAUAAUACACCCGCCACAAAUUGUACCCGAAAAGAA